CUCCAUUACUCUCACACUUACGAUGCCUAACGUUCCAGGUUGCUUUGCCGGUUUAUUUCGUCGUCAUCGACAUCCACAGACCGUGGCAGGACCCAGUAAAGAACCACACUCGUCCUUCGAGAAAUCGCUACCCCAAGGAGGUUAUUCCGCAUGCUGGAGUAACUCGCCACAGUCGGACGAAUUUUAUGACGGCCAUCUUCCUCCAUAUUCUCAGAACCAUCCUAGUGAUAUUUUCAGACCCGAGGUUAUGCAGACUAUCGAGGACAAGUUAGACGAGCUUGAUUCAGAACUCAGGGAGCUCAGCUUGAAGAUUCACGACCACCCUGAGCUGAUGUUCCAAGAAAGAUACGCUCACGACACACUUUCGUCUUACAUGGAGUCUCAAGGCUUCCAUGUCACACCUCACUAUCUGGGGCUUGAGACCGCUUGGCGCGCCCAAUUCUCUUUCGGGCAAGGCGGACGGACUAUCGGCGUCAACUCUGAGAUGGACGCUCUUCCAUGUGGCGAUACCAAAGGAGCCAGUCAUUCCUGCGGGCACAACCUCAUAGCCGUAGCCGGUGUCGGAGUUGCAGUUGCAUUGAAGCGCGCUCUUGAAGUUCAUAACACCACAGGAACAGUCGUUCUUCUAGGGACUCCAGCCGAGGAAGGUGGAGGUGGAAAGGAAAUUUUGCUCCAGCGGGGCGCAUACAAACAUAUGGAUGCGUGUGUAAUGUGCCAUCCUAUAGGAAACCCUCUCUCACAGAAGCAACACCUUCUCAUCGGAUCAUCAUUGUCCUUACAGUACAUCGAAGUGGAAUAUUUUGGUCAUUCAGCACACGCAGGCCUAGCUCCGUGGGAAGGCACCAAUGCUCUUGACGCAGCGUUUUCUGCGUACUCAAAUAUCGCAGUCCUUCGGCAGCAGAUAAAGCCUGACUGUCGUGUUACCGGAGUCAUUCAGGGAAAGGACAAUGGCUGGGUACCUAACAUCAUACCCGACUAUGCCAAGAUGAUAUGGAUCAUUCGUGCUCCAACCCCCUCUGAACUCUCGCAACUAAGAGAGAGAGUUGUGAAUUGCCUUCAAGCGGGCGCGCUUGCAACUGGAUGCAAAAUUCAGAUGAAGCUCGGUACGCACAACGAUGAUCUUCGACAGAACAGAGUCUUGGCUCGUGAACUUGCAUCAAUUUACAAGCACCGGUACAGUAUUCCUACACAAUUCAAAGGCGCCGAUGUGGGGGCUUCCACAGACUUCGGUAACAUCACGUAUGCUUUGCCAGGUCUUCAUCCGGUUUUCAGUAUCCCCUCCGACUCUGCAAAUCAUACCGAAGGGUUCGCCAAGGCAGCUAGAAGCAUCGAAGCCCACAAGUCUACGAUGCUCAUCACGAAAGGUCUUGCUUUAACUGCCUUCCGCGUGCUUGACGAUGAUGAUUUUUGGCAGAAGGUUCGAGCAGACUACGAACAGAGAGGGCCUCGUCACGAAGGAUGAUACUUCUGAAUCUUCGUGCUUGUGUCGUUCCUGCGCGUGAUACCUCUGCCAUUUCCUUCACUGCACGUCGAGUCUGGUACUUGUGCGGACAUCAAUGUUCUUUCCUUGUAUUAAUCACUUUGC